UAGGAAGACUCUCGCUACUUUUGAUUGGCAAGCGUGAGAAAUGAAUCGUUUCCCUCGGACCAAUUUUUGCAUGAAGGAUAGGUCGUUCUCUGAAAUGGGUGGCAAGAAUGAGCAUGUGAAGGUCACAAGUGAGCACAAGCCUGCGUUUCUGGAGCGCCUCAGUGAGACAUCUGGCGGGAUGCUUGUUGGCCUUGUCACUUUUGCCCUGUCUUUCUACGUUCUUUUUACCAACGAGGGGCGAGCUUUGAAAACAGCCUCCUCUCUGGCUGAGGGGCUUUCUCUAGUGGUCCCACUUGACAACAUCCAGAUUAUAUCCCAGGAGAAUGACAAGAAACUUGUGCACUUCUCUGGUAUCCUUAGAACAUCAAAGCCUUUAUAUGAUCCCAGCUAUGGGCUUUCUAUUCGGGCAGUCAAGCUCAAACGUCAGGUGGAGAUGUAUCAGUGGGUUGAAUAUGAAGAAUCCAGAGAAUAUGAAGAAAAUGGUGAAGUGAAGAAAGAAACAAGAUAUUCUUACAAUACAGAAUGGAAAUCAGAAGUUGUGAACAGCAGAAAUUUUGAUCGAGAAAUUGGACACAAAAACCCUAGUGCCAUGGCUGUCGAAUCUUUCACUGCAGUUGCUCCUGAUGUUCAAGUUGGCAAGUUCUUUCUUUCCAGGGGCCUCAUUGAGAAGAUUGACAAUUUCAAGCAGAUGAGCCUGUCGAAACUGGAAGACCCUCACGCAGAUGUGAUCCGCUCAGGGAAUUACUUCUUUCAUAGUGAGAAUCCUCGACGCCCAGAAGUUGGAGAUCUUCGUGUUUCAUUCUUCUAUGCAGGUUUGAGUGAAGACUUGUCGCACACGGGUCCACCAGAUACGGUGACCAUAGUUGCUCGUCAGCAAGGGGAUCACUUGGUUCCAUACCAAACCAAAUCUGGGGAUGUCUUACAUAUUCUCUAUCCUGGAGAGCUCACGGCUGAGGAAGUAUUUCAGAAAGAAAAUGAGAGUAACAGCAUGAAGACCUGGGGCCUACGUGCAGCUGGAUUGCUGUCUAUGUUUGUAGGCAUCAGUCUUAUGACCAGAAUUGUUCAUACUCUGGUGGAUUGGUUUCCAGUUGUCCGGGAUCUGGUUAACAUUGGUUUGAAAGCAUUUGCCUUUUGUUUAGCCACUUCCCUAUCAUUGCUGACCAUUUCAGCGGGCUGGCUCUUCUAUCGGCCAUUCUGGGCAAUACUGACUGGUUCCUUGGCUAUAGUUCCCAUUCUGAUUGCAAGAUCUCAGGUUCCAGCAAAGAAACAGCAGUGACAUCAUGGAGGAAGUGCCUUAUUUGUACCCGCAUUUCUUUGGAAACUUCAUACAUUUAGCGCUUUUAUCAUAUUUGAAGCAAUUAUCAUUGUGGGUAUUUUUGCUCAAAACAAAAAACUUCACAUUGCAAUACAGAAAAUGCAACACCAAUGUGUUCUAUAACGGUUUUAGAUGUGUUAUUUUUAUUAUGCAAUCCAGGGGUGAGGAACUAGUGGCCUUUUAUGUGCUUCUGAAUUACAGCUCCCAGGAGCCCGAUAGCAUGGCCAGUGGUGGCAGGGAUGCUGAGAUCUGUAGGUCAGCAGUGUCUAGACCAGGCCUGUGCAGCUUGUAGAGGAGAAAAGGCCACAUGGUAAAAUUAAAAAUAAUUGCAGGCUGCAGAGGAAUCCCUGGUACGCCGACCAACUGUUUGGCAGCUAGCAGAGUGGUGGCAGUGUUGAACGUGACAGUGAGGCCUGGAGUUGCUCUGUGGUGUGUCUUUUGGGGCAGCAGUGAAUUUAUUUUUUUAAAAAUGCCAGCAUGCUGCACAAGGCUGCUUGGCUGGCCAGAUGUUGUGCAGGCCUGAUCUAGAGGUUCACAGGUUCCACACCUAGUGGCAUCAAAUGAAAAAGUGCAACUGCCCUAGUUUUUUUUUUUUUUUUAAAUAGAAAGAUGAAUGAAACGUAACAAGUCUAAGCAGAUUAGGUUUCCUGAGUAACUUGUUUAAAAUGUCUUCUAGUCUUCAUUGAGAAGAAUAGUUGAUAUAUGGACUCCAUGGGGACCAUAUGAGGCUUUGAAGAGAGCGGGUAAAUCAUUGUAAUAUUAAUCUGCCCAUUUCUUAUCUAUACUGUAACUUCAUACAUUAUAGUUUUACUGCAUGCAACAGUUUGAAGUUUUUGUCACAUUUAUAGUGCCCUUUGCUGUUCUUACUAUCCUGUGUGAAUUCUCAUGUAGGUAACUUGCCUUAUUUGUGAGACCUUGUAUUAUACAUGGAUCAAAGCAUCCCACACCACACUGGCAUUGCUGCAAUGUUUAUUUUCCUAUUACUAUGUUCAGCAUUCUUGUAUCAGUUUUAUGAUUUCUCCUUUCCCAUGCUUCAUUUUUUUUAAAAUGUUAAUACGAUUUAUGGACUCAGCUAGGUUUUUAACCUGUGACUUGUCAGACUGAGGAUUAUUUCCUAAACCAACUUAGUAAUUUACUGAUGUUUUCAUUAAGAAUUUAUGGUUUUUAAGUCUAAACCAAAGAUAUCAACAGGGAGAAGAGACUAUUUGCUCUCCAUUAACUUGCUCCAUGGGCAAAUUAAUAUAUUAGCUUUUACUGAAAAAUUAUGUACAGUAGGGCUGGGUACUGAAUGUACGGACUGUAUUCUAACAAGAUUUUGCUUGAAGCCUGCACAAUUUCAGAAAAAAAAGUGUAGUGGUUUAGAAUUGGGUUCUUUAAAUUUUUAAAAGUUUGUAAUUUUGUUGAUUUUCUCUGGAAUAAACUGCUGAAUUUGAGACAGACAAAUGUGAAGGCUUCGGUGACCUGGAUUUUUUAACCAUUGGUGUUAAACAAGCCAUAAUUACCUGCUGUGUGUGUGUGUGUGUGUGUGUAUUCUGCCAUUCAGUUGUGUCUGAUUCUUGACAACUGCCUGGACUAGUCCCUUCAGUUUUCUUGGCAAGGUUUUUCAGAAGUGGUUUGCCCUUGCCUCCUUCCUAGGGCUGAGAGAGAAUGACUGGUCCAGGGUCACCCAACUGGCUUUGUG